AUGCAAGCAUCCGCAAACUCGUUCGGCUGGCUCGCAAUCCGCAACUUCACCUACUGCCUCUCUGACCGCCCUGACCCACCUGACAAACCUCGAGGAGUUCAACCGAAAACCAACACUACCCCCUCUCUCUCUGGCUCCACUGCACAGACGCAACGACUCACUGGGAUGGGAGAUAGCGUUGUCGUGCUGUACCAUCCAGAACAGACGAAUAAGGCGAUUGCAUGGUGUAAUACACUGGUGGCGAUGCAGAGUGGAAAGAAUGUAAAAUGUCAUAUUGCUCUACCUACUUGUCAGAGGUGCGAUGCUGUGCGCUCUCCUACCACCGCCCCGCUCAAGCCGCAAGAAGAGAGGGAGAUGGGGAGUAAAGCUCCUAGUGGGAGGUUGGGAGAGAAACGUACCGCAGCUUCACCCCUCGUACCCGCCGGAGGGGCGGCAGACAAGCAAUUGGUUGCACUCCGAAGAAGAGCUUCGACAGGAAAGACUGACCCGAACGAUCCUUCAAUUCCUCCUCCCCAAAGUUACGAGAAAACAAUAGGAAAGCCUUUCGGAAGGGGUGACGAGUACCCGUUCGAUCCAGAACUCGAACCAGCGAUCGCAGAGUUUCAAGAUUACUGCGAAAACAAGCUGACCCUCGCAGUGAGGGCAGAUUGUCCUUUUCAUCUGGUCAAAGGAUGGUCGGAUGAGCCACCAUUUGAUCUGCAUAGGUUUUGUAUGAGCUUGAUGGGUAAUGACGGCCAUACACUGCACACGGAAGGAGGAGGGGGAAAACCGGCGCCACUAAAGGUAAUUGGGGAAGGAGGGAUAUUGGAUCCAAAUGAUCCAAUUGUGCCAUCUCAUGACGAAUCACCCGCUCCUCUGCAGCAGGGUCAGUAG